GCUGGACCCUUCAAGGCCUCGGCCAGCCUAGGCGGCCACCCCUGGCUGCGAUUUGAGGACGCUGACGGAGGUGGGGGGGGGGGGGGGCGGUCCGGGACUGGGGUGCCGGGGACACCCGAUUCUGUUGAUUCGGGAUUCUCGGCCAAACCCUGGGCUUCGAUAGGCUUCACCAGCCCAUCACUAGCGCCCCCCACCCCUCCGCUCCUGGCUCGGGUGCUCCAGACCUGGGGGUCAGCAGGGCUGCUCCCGCGUGUUGGAUGGGGGCGCUUGGGGGCCCUGGGGUGAUGGGGUGUCUGGUCACCCAGGCACCGACUCUUGUUUUCCUUUGUGGAGAGAAAGAAAGGGGUGGGGGUUAUUUAUCAGAUCGGAUUCUCCCAUUUCUGCCUGUGAGAAAUCCAUGUUUUGCAAGUCCCCAUGGAAGAGAAAACUAUGUUUGUGCCCGGGUGUCUUUAGAGAGCGGAUUCCCAAGCUCUUCACACCAAACUCAAAGUGGGGUGAGCCCCCUCCCCAACUUUUUCUCUUAGUUUUCUUGCAUAUAUUCUUGGAUCAGCCUUCCUCAGGAGAAGGAUUUGGGGACAGGGCCAGGGGAUCCCCAGUGAAUUAAGUUGCACCCGUUCAAUAAAUGCUUGUGUCUGGGGCUGCUUUGGCUGUCUGGCUGGGAUGUCCCUCCAAUUUUUAUUUUAAUGAUCCAGGGAGGGAGGUGGGCAGGGAGUAAGAAAACUGCCCAUGUGCCAUUCAGCUUGGUAGUUUGUCUCAUUUUUCUUAACCAGUUGAAACUCUGGAAUCUUCACGUCCGCCUUUUUUAUCCCCUUCAUUUAUUCCAGCGCCACCCCCCCUUCCCCCCAAAAAGAAGCAGCAAAGAACUGGAAAGCCUCUCCCAUUCCCGCUUCAAGUCUUUCUGCUCUCUGGGAGGCUUUUGGGAGGACAGUGCUGGGACAGUCUAGGCUCUCCUUGGGGCCCUGGCCCCUGGGGUGUAGGAGCAGCCCAGGGUGGGGAUAGGGGGUGGGUUGCCUGCAGGGCUAGUGGUUUGCACCCUCUCUUCUCCCCAUCCCUGCCGACAGCCGGGUGAGUGGGGAGGGGCUGGGGGGGUCAUGUGCAGUGUAUUUAUGUAAGACACCCAGACGGGAGGGCAUGGGUAUUUAUAUAACCCGGCGUGGGUAUUUAUGUAAUAUAGGAUGCGGGUGUAUUUAUGUUCCUUUCCGAACCUGCGGCUUCCCCGGCUGCCAUGUGUGGUCUCUGAAUUGGCGUUGGCGGAAAACGGACUGGGGGGGUGGCGGUGUUUGUGUGUGUACACACCCGCGUCCCCCCGCCCCCACCCCCCGCCCCGUGCCCUCCCCCCAGCGGGGCUCCCGGUACACGUCUGCGUUUCUUUCUUCCUUUGAAGUGUCCACACAGGAUGGUGUGUAUGUGAGGUGUGUGGCGGGUGAGUUUCCCGCAAAUGUGGAGUGGGUUCUCCUGGCCGCCCUGGCACCUCCGCUAAGACUGGCCGGGGCGUGUGGGCAGAGGCCCUUGGUGGAGAGCCCGGAGUUUGGCCGGCGCGGGGUGGAGGCUCCUUCCUUGUGACCACUGCUGAAGGGCUAGCGGCGGCUCCCUGGGAACUGGCGCUGGGGUUGGACGUCUCUCCCGGGCAGGAGCUGUCGGCUCCUCGCCUCCACCCCGGUGGGCAGAGACUGACCACGACCUCGUGGAAGAAAGCUCUCCUCCCACCUCGCCUCCCAGGAGUGAACCAUGGAGCUACGUGUGGGGAACAAGUACCGCCUGGGCCGGAAGAUCGGGAGCGGGUCCUUCGGAGACAUCUACCUAGGUGCCAAUAUCGCCUCUGGUGAAGAAGUUGCCAUCAAGCUGGAGUGUGUGAAGACGAAGCACCCCCAGCUGCACAUCGAGAGCAAAUUCUACAAGAUGAUGCAGGGGGGAGUGGGGAUCCCAUCCAUCAAGUGGUGCGGGGCCGAGGGGGACUACAACGUGAUGGUCAUGGAGCUGCUGGGGCCCAGCCUCGAGGACCUCUUCAACUUCUGCUCCCGCAAGUUCAGCCUCAAGACCGUGCUGCUCCUGGCUGACCAGAUGAUCAGCCGCAUUGAGUACAUCCACUCCAAGAACUUCAUCCACCGGGACGUCAAGCCCGACAACUUCCUCAUGGGGCUGGGGAAGAAGGGCAACUUGGUGUACAUCAUUGACUUCGGCCUGGCCAAGAAGUACCGGGACGCCCGCACCCACCAGCACAUCCCCUACCGGGAAAACAAGAACUUGACUGGCACUGCCCGCUACGCCUCCAUCAACACCCACCUGGGCAUCGAACAAAGCCGUCGAGACGACCUGGAGAGUCUGGGCUACGUUCUCAUGUACUUCAACCUGGGCUCCCUGCCCUGGCAGGGCCUCAAAGCGGCCACCAAGCGCCAGAAGUACGAGCGGAUCAGCGAGAAGAAGAUGUCCACGCCCAUCGAGGUCCUCUGCAAAGGCUACCCCUCCGAGUUCUCCACAUACCUCAACUUCUGCCGUUCACUGCGGUUCGACGACAAGCCCGACUACUCCUACCUGCGCCAGCUCUUCCGCAACCUCUUCCACCGGCAGGGCUUCUCCUACGACUACGUCUUCGACUGGAACAUGCUCAAAUUCGUGAGUCUCCUGAAGGCCGAGGCGGGCUUGGGGGACUGGACCGGGAAGGCCAACGUGACCCUGUGGUGGGCGGGGCUCCCGGAAGCCGGGUGCUACGAGCUGGACGGCGCACGUGACCCCCACUCCAGCCUCAUCCGUGCGGACGGCCUGUGCCGCCACGAUCAGCCGGGCCCAGGUGGGGCGCCGCCUCCCACUGGACCCAAGAGGGCCCGCCUGGGCCUCCUGUCCGUCCUGGGCGCCUGGGUGAGCGGGGCCCGGAUGGCACUGGUGGGCCCCCCCGCUGUCUUGAUCCUGGCCUGCAGCGUCUUGCUCUUGGUGCCCUGCACGUGCCAGCUGGUGGCCUUCGCUGAGUCCCCCUUGGCCAGCCUGGACCCCUUCGUUGUAGCUUCCUUCUCCCUGGUUGUGGCACCCUGGGUCUUGCUAGGCACCUCUCUUCUCUCUCUCUCUCUUAAGAGUCGUGGGGGUGGGGUGGGGAGAAGUGUUCGUCCGCUGGGCCUGGGCCUCCGGAGUCUGUGACAUCCUGUGUCUUGUUUCACGUCUCUU